AUGGACGCAAAGUUCUUUGGAAAGUCCAAGGCGUCCGAGCUCCGCGCCGAGUUGGAGCAGGCCCGCAAAAAACUGAAGCCGCAGCAGCGGGUGCGGGCCGUGUUGAAAAAGGUCGUGGCCAAUAUCAUUUUGAACCGCCCGGAGUUGGCGCUGCUCAUGCCGGACAUCAUCGGCCUCAUGGCCAUAGACGACUACGAGGUGCGGCGCCUCUGCUGCCACUACAUAGUGCAUUACGCAGAACUGAACCCGGCCGAGGCCGAGGGCCUGCUUGCUUUUUUUGCGCGGUUCGUGGCGGACCUCGAUCCGAUGCUCCGGAGCUUGGCCAUCAAAACCGUAUCGGAUGUGCCGUUGCGCGUGUUUUCCAAAAUGGCGUUUCUGCUGGUGCCAUUCUUGCUCGUGGACCAGAACCCGCAUGUGCGCACGCGGGCGGCGUUUGCCGUGGCCAAGUUGUACCAGCACGAUGCCAAGACGACCGUGGCUCACAAGUUGAUCGAAAGCUUGAACAACUUGCUCUACGACGAUAACCAGAUGGUCGUGGCCAACGCGCUCGCGGCGCUCCACUCCAUCACGGAGUCUCUGGGCUCCAUGGGCCUCAGCAUCAACAAGGACAAUCUGCUCCGGCUCAUGCGCAGCGCGGCGGCCGCCAACGAGUGGCGCCAGGUGUACUUGCUCAACGCGCUCAUGGCGUACGUGCCUCAGAGCUGCCAGGACGCGAUCGAGGUCUUGGAGACCGUGGUGCCGGCUUUGCUGCACGAAAACGCCGCGGUGGUGUUGAACGGCAUCAAGGUCAUCCUGUACUUGAGCAACUACAUCGACACGCCGGAGCUCGUGGUGCCGGGGCUCCCGGCCAAGUUGGGCGCAGUGCUGGUGUCGUUGCUCUCGAAGCCCCCGGAGCUCCAGUUUUUGGUGCUCCGCAAUAUCAUCUUGCUUCUCUUGGGCAAGAAGUACUUGAUGGCCGUGGACGUCGAGCUGUUCUUCUGGAAGUUCGAUGACCCGAUCUACAUCAAAGACACCAAGUUGGAGAUCAUCUAUCUCCUUGCCAACGAGACCAACAUCGACGUGGUGUUCCGCGAGUUGGAGGAGUACGCCACGGAGGUAGACAGCAAGAUGGCGCGGAAGGCCAUCCGCGCGUUCGGCAAUCUUGCGCUCAAAUCCGAGGCCGCCGCCGCCAGCUGCGUGGACAUCUUGGUGGACUUGAUCUCCAAUGACAUUUCGUAUAUCGUGCAGGAGGCCAGCGUGGUCAUCAAGAACAUUCUCCGCAAGUACCCCGGCAAGUUCUCCAUUCUCUUGGACAGCAUCGUGCGCCACUACAAGUCGAUGGAGGACGCCGAUGCCAAGCUUGCAAUCACAUGGAUGGUGGGCCAAUUCUGCCAGCAGAUCCCGAGCGCUGACGCCAUCUUGACGCACCUCCUCGCCUCCUUCAACGAGGAACCGCUUGAUGUUCAGUACGCCAUGAUCACUGCUGUGGUCAAGUACUACGUGCAUUUUCCACAUGCAGGCGAAGCACUAGUGCUCAACGUGUUGAAAUGGGCCACUGAAGAAACUGACAACCCUGACUUGAGGGACCGUGGCUUCUUUUACUGGCGAUUGAUCACCCACCUGGAGAAUGGAGGCGCAGACGAAGAGUUCCAGAGCCGGACGAAAGAGAUCGUCAUCAACAUAAACCCAGAAAUCAGCUCCGAGAGCGAAAAAAUCGAUCCCAUGGUUCUCGAGGAGUUGGAACUCAAUAUUGGCUCGCUAGCGUCCAUUUACCUAAAACCAGUGAAGCACGUCUUCCGCCUAGCCAAGAAAAAGCUGCUUCCCCCAUCUCCAGCGUUGCAGCCGCGCCGCAAGCCGGACUUAUCCUAUCAUGUAAACUCGGCAACACUGCAGCCUAUUGAAAGGCCGCCCCGGAGAGAACACCUGAAACCAUUGCCUCUAGUCGACAGGAACUUGAGCUCGAGCAGCUUUGGCACCAAUUCUUCACGUGCAUCGGCUGAUAAUUCGAAAAAGGAAAGUUUCGGUCAGAAGCUUUCUCGAAAAGCGUCUGUCAUGACAUGGAAAAAGAGCAUGAAACACUAG